AUGGCUGUGUCUUCAAUCUUUGCAGCCUCAUGUUUGCUGGGAUUGGCAAGUGGACAAGUCACUGCAUCCUUCAAGAGUGCAACUCCGAACCCCUCGUCUGCCGUUGUAACAACCAUCAAUGGCACUCCAACCACCGUCCGCCCUAUUUUCACCAUACCGGCCUCUGCAGAUGAAGGCGCCAACUUACUGCCCAAUAUCCAGGACCCCGCCGCUCUGGAUGCGCAGGACGUUUGUCCUGGAUACAAGGCCUCGCAAGUUCUGGAAAACGAGCGUGGCUUGACUGCAGUUCUGACUCUGGCUGGAGAGAGCUGCAAUGUUUACGGGAACGACGUCGAAGUGCUCAACCUGAAAGUGGAAUAUCAGGCCGCCAACAGGCUGGCUAUCAACAUCAGCCCUGCAAAUAUUGGUCAAAACAAUGCCUCUCAUUACCUAAUCCCGGAGGAUUUGAUACCACGGCCCAAGCUAGAGACCACCUACAAGGAUCUUGACCUGAAGUUCGUUUGGGAAAAUGAGCCAUCUUUCUGGUUUAGUGUCACACGACAGUCAACAGGCGACGUCAUCUUCUCUACAGAAAAUACCAAGCUGGUCUACGAAGAUCAAUUCAUCGAAUUUGUUACGAGUCUUCCUAACGAUUACAACUUAUAUGGACUUGGCGAACGGAUCCACGGCCUAAGACUGAACAACAAUCUCACGGCUACGAUUUAUGCAGCAGACGUGGGAGAUCCUAUCGACACGAACCUGUAUGGCAGUCAUCCAUUCUAUUUGGAAACUAGAUACUUCGAAAGGGGAGGCAAUAAAACCAACAACAGACCGUCUCACGGCAAGAAGAAUGAGACUCGCGGUGGUGGAGGCACCGGCUGGGAGUCGUAUUCUCACGGAGUGUAUCUGAGAAACAUCCAUGGACAAGAAGUGCUUCUAAGAAAUGAAAGCUUGACGUGGCGUCUGCUGGGUGGAAGCGUUGACCUGUUUUUCUAUGACGGGCCAACUCAGCAGGACGUAAUCAAGCAGCACCAAUUUUCCGCAACGGGCCUUCCCGGCAUGCAAGCUUACUGGGCCUUGGGCUACCAUCAGUGUCGAUGGGGUUAUAGGAACUGGACGGAGACGCAGGAGAUCAUCGAUACAAUGAGGGCCUUCAAUAUACCACUGGAAGCCAUUUGGUUGGAUAUUGACUAUAUGGACCAAUACCGUGACUUCACCCUGGAUCCCGUGACUUUCCCGCGAUCCGGUGUCAAGGAAUUCUUCGAAAAGCUUCACGCAAAUCAUCAGCACUUCGUUCCCAUUGUGGACGCCGCGAUCUAUAUUCCCAAUCCGACCAAUGGAAGUGAUGCCUACGACACAUACACCAGGGGUAAUGAAUCGGGCUCCUUCCUGAUGAACCCUGACGGCAGCCAAUACAUCGGCGCUGUCUGGCCUGGAUACACAGUCUUUCCCGACUUCCUAUCGGAGAAUGGCGUAUCUUGGUGGGUGAAUGAGAUGGUCCUGUGGCACAAAGAAGUCCCAUACAGCGGCUUCUGGAUCGACAUGAACGAAGUCUCCAGCUUCUGCGUCGGAUCCUGCGGCUCCAACAAUCUCACGUUGAAUCCGGUACACCCUCCCUUCUCGCUCCCAGGCGAGGCAGGAAACGGCAUCUAUGAAUACCCCGAGGGCUUCAAUGUUACAAAUUCUACUGAAGCCGCCUCGGCGUCUUCAGCGGCUUCCAGUCAGGCAGCAGAGAAGACCUCCACCGCGGCUGGCAGCUCUACGUCGACGUCUUAUCUGCGCACAACACCGACGCCUGGAGCCAGGAACGUCGAUCAUCCGCCCUACGUGAUUAACCAUGUCCAGGGAGACCUCGCUGUGCAUGCAGUAUCUCCAAAUGCCACACACGCAAACGGUGUGGAAGAAUACGACGUCCACAAUAUCUAUGGCCACCAGCUCCUCAAUGCAACAUACCAAGGCCUCCUCUCCGUCUUCCCGGGCAAACGUCCCUUCAUCAUUGGUCGGUCCACCUUCCCUGGGUCUGGAAAGUGGUCGGGCCACUGGGGAGGUGAUAAUGCUUCCAAGUGGUACUACAUGUACUUCUCGAUUCCGCAAGCCCUGUCGUUCUCCAUGUUCGGCAUUCCUAUGUUUGGCGUAGAUACUUGCGGCUUCAACGGCAACACGGACCUCGAGCUCUGCUCCCGCUGGAUGCAACUCUCGGCCUUCUUCCCCUUCUACCGCAACCACAACGUCCUCUCCGCCAUCCCCCAAGAACCCUUCCGCUGGGCCGCCGUCGCCGACGCCUCCAGAAAGGCAAUGCACAUCCGCUACUUCCUGCUCCCCUACAUCUACACUUUAUUCCACCACGCGCAUACCAAGGGCGACACCGUCAUGCGCGCCCUCGCCUGGGAAUUCCCCAACGACCCGCAGUUGAAAGCCGUAGAUACGCAGUUCCUCCUCGGCCCAUCGAUCCUCGUUACACCGGUCUUGGAGCCCCACGUCGAUACCGUCAAAGGCGUCUUCCCGGGCGUCGCAGAUGGGGAGGUAUGGUAUGAUUGGUACACGCAGACUCCCGUCUCCGCUGCGCCGGGAGAGAAUAAAACCAUUUCCGCGCCGCUGGGCCAUAUCCCUGUGUUCAUUCGUGGAGGUAGCGUGCUUGCUACGCAAGAGCCUGGGUACACGACUACGGAGUCGAGGCGGAACCCGUGGAGUUUGCUUGUGGCGUUGGAUAAGGCGGGAGAGGCGAGGGGCGAGGUUUAUCAGGAUGAUGGGGAGAGUUUGGAGCCGGCGGAGACGUUGGUUGUGAGGUUUAGGGUUUGUGAGGGGAGGUUGGAGGUUGCUGUGGAAGGGGAGUAUAGGGAUACUAAUGCGUUGGCUAAUGUUACUGUUAUGGGGCUCGAAAGGAUUGGACGGGUCAAGUUGGAUGGGAAGGAGCUUGGUGGUGGUGGUGGAGCAGGGAGUGUGCGGUUCGAUGAGGAGAGGGGUGUGUUGGAGAUAAGUGGGUUGAAGAAUGUGACGAGUGGAGGUGCGUGGAGGAAGAGCUGGACGCUAAGCUGGGAGUAG